AUUAAACCAAAAAGAAGACGGAGGGUCAGUCGGACCGGUUUGAGCGCAACACCGGUGCAGCCGUUAGCAUCUGAAGCUAAAAGCGAGGAGGAAGAUGAGCACCAAACAGGUGACCUGCAGGUACUUCCUGCACGGUGUGUGCAGAGAGGGAAGCCGCUGCCUCUUCUCUCACGACCCGAACACCAGCAAACCCUCCACCAUCUGCAAGUUCUACCAGAGGGGGGUCUGCGCGUACGGGGAGCGAUGCAG